UCUGUCGGGCAGUUCAGUUCACUGCUUUCGGGCUCUGGGGAUCCCACAGACAAGGCGAAGCCAUGAGUUUCCAUGCCGAAACCAAACCCUUUACAAACCAUACACUGUUAUAAACCAGGGGUCUCCUUUCUCAAUCCAUAGUGUGUGACUAUUUCCCAUCGGGGAGAAUGAAAAGGCAAAAUUCGUGGCAAGACGGCUUCGCAAGAAUCUUUAAAUCAUAUGAUUCCGACAAAACGGGCAGAGACAGUGAUAUCACUGUCCUGGAAAAUGAGGCGGACUUUGCAUCUGGGAAGGAUGACAGCCCUGACACUGUCCCUGUCUCUGCCCCUGACAUGCCAGAGGCUCUCCAGGGCUCCAGUGAAGGGGAGGAAGGAGGUUCUCGUAGCAGCCGGGAGCAGGAUCGGGACAGCCAGCAGAAGGAGCAGGAGCAGGAGGUGGUGGAGGAGCAGGAGGUGGUGGAGGAGGAGGAGGCGGCAAGUGCACCGGACAAUGAGGUCGGCUCUGAGGCAGAGCCCCCGGACAGGCAGCCUGCUACUCCCCGGCCCCCCGACUCCCCAGGGCCCAGCCCCAGCCCCAGCUCCAGCUCUCGUUCAGGCUCAGGCGCUCGGUCUCGCUCCCCCAGCCCACCACCAUCUCCCCUUCCCCAGCCUACUGCUGCUGCUGCUGUUCCCUCCCCUGCCGCAGUUCCAGCCCCAGCCCCAGACUCUUUCCUCAAAAGGCUCGGGAAUUUCUUCCACUUCUUCUCCAAGCCAGAUCCGAAAGUAGCAGCCCUUCAGCAGCAGCAGGAGCAGCAGCCGGAGGAGGAGGAGGAGGCAGAUUCAACUGUACCGCCACUACCGCCCUCACCAUCAUCACCAUCAUCAUCGUCACCAUCGUCACCAACUACAUCCUCAUCAUUGCCAUCGCCGUGGCCAUUGCUCAGCCUUGAGGGACUAGUGCCAUGUGAGGUGGUGGGGGGGGACCACUACAGGAGCUUACUGCAGGCCAGCGAAACGACCAUCACCACAGAGCUGCCGCCCAGACCCAGACCUGGGGACGGUGAUCUGCUGGGGCCACGCUUGGGUCACGGGGAGAUGGAGAAGCAGCGACCACUACCAGCAGCAGCUAGCCAGCGCCAGAGUCAGCAGGAGAGCUGUGCCCCUUGGUGUACCCCUGGCUCCGCUCCUGCCCCCGCUCCUGCCCCUGCCCCCGAUAGUGCCCCGGCAUACCAGGAGGCCGCAACAGUGGCAGCACCCACUGACCCACAAGGCCAGAUGCCAAAGAGUUUGCUGUCUGUGCAUGGAGACCACAGUGCUGCUGCACAGAGCCCCGACACAGACCGUCUGCCUUCAGGACAAGAAACUGACGACGAGACCCAGCAGCAGCAGCAGCAGCAGCAGGGGUUUGAAGGUCCCGCCGUGGUGACCCACACGACCUUCAGAGGCCAGAAGGAGCUCCGGAGGUCGCGGAGGAGGCAGCAGCAGCAACGCCUACAAAUCUGCUCGCCAAUCUGCUCGCCCAUCUCCGAGGGCAACGAGAGCCAAGUCAGCAGAGGGGGGAGUGUGUCCAGUGGGGGCGAAGGAGAGGGAAGCCCCUGCCCCCCACCUUUACCACUGACCUCUGCUGACCUCGCACAGCACGGCAAAUCACCUUUAACUACCGGACACUUGACUGCAAUGGGGUCGGAACAGUCUGACGUGUCUUUGCCUGCAACGGACGAUGCUUUUGAGGAAGCACCUUCACAGACUUUUGAGGCUGCCGUUGUGCAGUUGCCAGUGCCGUGCGCCCAAGAGCAGACGGAGGCGCAACCUUUGAACGCAAAGGAAGGGAAUUUAGAUACUGUAGCCUCACUGCACUUAGCCCAAAAGGUCCAGGAGGACCUAGGUGCAGUCCUCCUCUCGUGCAAGGCAGAGGGUGAGCACGUACCUCCUCCCAGCCAUCAAGGCUGCCAGGAGGAGACUUCAAGUACUGUGUUGCUGCAGCCAGAUGUUGGGCAGUCUGAGAAUAACAGUUCACUGUGCGUGAAACGGAGCCUGCAUGCCCAGUCACAAGAUCAGGCUGCUGCCGGGCUGCCGGACUACAAUCGGAGCAUUGUUACUACUGGUGCAGCGUUGCCACAUCUGCAUGAGGAUAACCGCUUGCCGUGUGAGUCUAAAGCCAUGAUGGAGAACAUCCUGAGGAACGCCCUCACUGCCCUGCAGGAAAUGGAAACGACCCAUUCCAAAAAGACAGACAGCGGCCACCAUGACGCUCAAGUCGAGCGCGAGGCUUUUGUAUUUUCAGCAAUAACAAGACAUGGUUUCCACCAGGAGGAGGAGGAGUUUGACUUCAAGCCAGCCUUGCAAGAGCUGGAGGACAAACAUGUCGUGCCGACGACCGAAGACGAGCAGAUCCUGACGGGGAGAGCGCAGGGGGAUGGUAGCAGGUCCACCUUCUCGUCAGGCUACGAGUCCAUCGCCGGCUCGGACACGGACAUCCGGUCCAGUCCGGGUCAAAGCUUUGAGGGGAGUCCUCAGUCACUUCCAACCAUUGCUCAGCAGUUCGAGUGCCCGUCAGUGGUGAUACCCGAAAUGACCAAAGAGGAAGUGACUGAACACCCAGAGAGCAAAAACACUAAGUUUGAAGAAGAGAGUGAAAGUGAAAGUGAGGACAGGAAAAGAGACAUAGUAUAUGUGGAACUGGAAGAUGGAAACCCUAACAUUUGUAUAGAGACUGAUGACAAGCCAGCGAUGGUUUGCAAGGUGGACAGCUUUUAUUUUUAUCCUUGUCUUGCAGGGGAACCUGAUGGGAGCAAGGACAUCACUCAAAUCUCUGCUCAAGCAGAGAAGUCUGUAGACAAUGACUCAGUUUCAUGUUGCGCCAUUCAGAGUAGUAGAUCUGUUGUUGUUGAAGAGAAGUGUGUUCCUCAUGAAGUAAUUUCACACAAUACAAUUCUUGCACCUGAUAAUUUAAUAACUGUGAACACACCGGUAGCCAUCGCAGACUCUUUACGUUCAGACUGUAAGUCUGAGGAGGAGAAGGUUCACAAUCAGGAGGAGACGAGACCAAAGCCCUUACCAAUUGCACAGGAGUCGUUAGAAAGCCAUACCGUCGUCAACGCUAAAGCAAUAACUGAGCCCAUGUGUUCCGAUGAAUGUGAAUCAAGCUCAGAAUGGACUACUACUGUAGCGGAAUUUUGUGCCAUAUCUGAAGACCAGUCUCAGAACUGUGCUGAAAGGGAAGCCAUGGUGUCAGAUUUAAGAGACAGUUUAACAGCUCUCUUGGCUCCCACUCAGGACAAAAAUAUGGACGUUAUGGAAAAGCAGUCGGGUAGCUCAAUCGACUCGUCUGUGUCUGUGUCCGCGCCAGCUCCUCGGCGCCUCCUCUAUCCAGAGUUCUCCCUUAUUGCCACUGAGAAGGAGGUGGAAGAGGAGCAAGAGGAGGAGGAGGAGGAGAUGGAUGCCAUAUUUGUGAACGACACCGGCCCCAUGGAAAGAGGAGGCGCAGGGAGGCGCAGCAGCAGAGGGAAGAUCUACCCCUUCUCCCUCUCGCCCAUCCUGGAGGAGGAGGAGAGCAUGCAGGUGCCUCCCGUCACGGAGGCGGGAGGGGAGGAGGAGGAGGAGGCGGCGGCGGCCCGGGGCGGCGAACAGCUGGCCUGCUCCGUCCUCUCCCUCCUGCAGUCCGUCAGCGAGCGCCUGCAGUCAAGUGCCUUCUCCGACAGCGACUGCGAGACAGGCGCCGGCGGCACCGGCUCCGGCUCGGACCUCAUCGAUGCCCUGCAGGGCGCCUCAAGGUGGCGUAGUGACUCGGACACGUGCACGGACUCGGACGCGUUGGACACGUGGAUGCCCAGGUGGCGCAGCACCUCGGACUCGGACGGUGUCGAGGAUGAGAAGGACCAGCACGCCGACCAGUGUCACCUUGCACCGCCUUCUACUGUACCUGAGAAGGAUGCACCAGAUAUAGGUGGUGGUGGUGAUGGUGAUGGUGAUGGUAGUGUCAAAUCAGAGCAGGCAGCCAAUGGGUUGCCAGAUGAAGCCCCUGAAGAGAAAGACUGGGUGUCUCUGCUGUCGAAACCCAGAAGGGUUCCAAGCAGCCCGUUUUACGAUUACCUGAAAGCCAAGCCCACAUCCUUACCUGCAGAAGAAGAAACCGUGAAGGAUAGAAGCGUAUCAAAAGCAAUAACAAAGGGGGAACUGCCAAGCCUGGGAAAGACCUUCCCAAGACCCUCAGUGAUGCAUAUCUAUAAUGACGCUACAUUCUCUGGAGAGAAGCAGACGAUCUGUGCUGAUGUCGUGGACACAGGAGGGAUGACGACCUUGAAGAACGGAGCAUCUAUACGAGUGCAGUCAGGAUGCUGGCUGCUGUAUGUGGAAGCGGGUUUCAAAGGCUCGUGUGUGGUUCUGGAGGAGGGAGGGAGGAUACUGACCCAAGGGAACAAGCAGCCACAGCAGUCCACAGACAACAGCAUUGACUCUUCAGACCCGGUGUCCUUCGGAUCCAUAAGAACCGUAGCUAAGUACGACAGCAUCCCGGAAAUCCACUGCCACGGCGAGAGUCCAUCCCCACUUACCCUCCGCUCCCAGAGAGAGCAUUUGAAGGCUGCCCCCAUAUCCAAGUUCACCGUCAAGUCUGGAUGCUGGCUGGCUUAUGAGGAGACUGGGUUCAGCGGUAAUUUUGCUGUUUUGGAAAUCGGAGGGAAAAUAUCAUAUGGAGCCGGAUCCCCGAUCACCCAAGCGCGAUCUCUACGCCCCCUGACUCGGGGCGGACCGAAAGUCAGCAGGCCACUGGACCCCAAGAUGGUGCUGUACGAGCUGCCUGGUUUCCGUGGGGACAGCGUGGAGCUGGGGGCCAGCGCGCCACAGGUGCCGCCGGGGCUGCAGAGGGUCUGCUCGCUACGCGUCGUCACUGGAAUCUGGGUGGGGUACCUGCGUGAGGGCUACAGAGGUGGUCAGUGUUUGCUGGAGGAGGGGGAGUAUGCGGACUGCAGAGAGCUCUGUGGAGCAGACAACACCCUCCUGUCUCUACGCUGCAUACUGUCAGACUGCAUUGAGCCAGCCAUCUCGUUGAGAAAUGCGCUGUCCUCUGAGAGCGCUCCCAUGGACAUGGUGGACCAAGAUGUCCCGGACAUGGAGAAGCAGGCCGGCCCUCAGCUUGCCUCAGUCCCCGUCUCUAUCUGUGUCAAGAGUGGAGUGUGGGUGGCGUACAGUGGGAGGUGGUUCUCUGGGCAGCAGUAUGUUCUGGAGAAGGGCCAUCACCAGGGCCCUCUGGACUGGGGAGACUGCAGCGGAGAGGUCAUGUCCAUACGGCCCGUCCGAUUGUCUGGAGGAACGAGAGAGCCAAAACACCUGAUCCGGGCGUACAGUGAGGAGAACUUCUGCGGUGAGCAUCGGGAGUACGAGGCCGAAGCGGCUGACUGCAGCGCUCUCAGCAGAGCCGUGUCUUUCAGGGUGAUUCACGGAAGUUGGGUACUUUAUGAUGAAGAGGGCUGUUCUGGAAGCCAGUAUGUCUUAUCGGAGGGUCUUUACCCCAACCUCACGUCCUGCGGCAAUGAGGACUCACCAAUCCGAUCGCUGAAGCCUGUUCCUUAUUGUUUCUCAGAUCCCUCCGUCAGUCUCUUCUCUCUGGACUGCUUUGAAGGCUUGGAGACGACGUCUCUCACCACUAUGGAGGACAUGAAUGACUUUUAUGCUCAGUCUGUACGGGUCAACAGUGGACAAUGGGUGGCGUAUGAAUAUAACUUUAAAGGCCGUCAGAUGCUGCUGUCAACGGGCCCCUACAGCAGGUGGACGGAGCUCAGUGGCUGGGCCACCAUCGGUUCCCUACAACCACUCAAAAAGCCGAGAGUUUACAUCCAGCUGAGGAGCCGAUCUCUGGGUUCAGUGCUGACGGCCGAGGUCAGCCAGGAGAAGGAUGCUCCGGCCAGGGUCUCUCUGAAGCCGGCCGCCCGCCUGGACGCCCAGCAGUGGAUCUUCACGGAGGGGCUACUCAAGAGCAAGGUGGGUAAGGCGUGCCUGUCAGUGAUUGGUGGAAAGGCGAAUGUGGGGGCGCGUGUGGCGCUGUGGCCAGAGCACGGGCGCACACACCAGCGCUGGAGCCUCAACGAGGACGGCACCGUCUCAUCACACCUCAACCCCAGCCUAGUGCUGGACAUCAGAGGUGGGAAUGGCGUUGACAGGGACCACUUCAUCGUCAAUCAGGCGUCAUCAGAGCAGCCGACGCAGUACUGGGACAUUGAGCUGGCGUAGCUCACGAUGGCCGCUCAUGUACUAUGUCUCCCGUUGUUAUUACUGAAGCACAUUUGCACAUCCGAGAGUUUGGCUGGAGAAGCGGCCUUUUAAACACAGGAUUCACCCCCUCUCUGUGGAACCAGAGGGGUAUACUAAGAAGCUGGUUCAGGAG